GUGUGUGAUGCGGCUGCGGGAGCGCGGGCGGCGGGAGCGCGCAGUGUGCUCGGAGAUCGGUAGUCCGCGCUCUGCGGUCGGUGUGCAGGGAGCUCGCUGUGUGUAGGAGCUCGGGGCCGUGUCUGUCUGUCUGUCCCCCGCGGGAUGCCGGGAAGCCGGGCUCGGUGAGAAGGCGCGGGAUGUCGGCUCGGUGCCCCCCGGGGUCGGUAGUCCGGGGGCUGCUUGCCGUCUCCAUCAUCCUGGGGAUCGGGAGAGAGCCGGCCGGAGCCGCCAGAGCCGCAGCAGGUUUCCGGACGUUCACCCCAUUCUAUUUCUUGACUGAACCAACAGACACUGUGACGUUGCGUGGUGCUCCUGCAAUCCUGAACUGCUCUGUUCACGCAGAACCAACGCCGAAAGUUGAGUGGAAGAAGGAUGGGACAUUUCUUAAUCUCGUCUCUGAUGACCGGAGACGCCUGCUUCCUGACGGGUCACUGUUCAUCUCGAACGUGGUGCACUCGAAGCACAACAAGCCGGAUGAAGGCACCUACCAGUGUGUGGCCACGGUGGACAGUCUGGGUAGUAUAGUGAGCCGCACAGCAAAACUCUCUGUUGCUGGGCUCCCCAAAUUUGCAAGCCAACCCGAGGCCUCUUCAGUUUACAUUGGUGACAGCUUGGCUUUGGGCUGUGAUGUCAGUGCUGAGUUAGUACCAUUCGUGCAGUGGGAACAAGAUAGGUCUUUGCGGGAGCUGGACAGUCGGGUUGCAGUCAUUUCUAACGGCACACUUGUCAUCAGCAAUGCCAGUGAGAGUGAUGGUGGUCUGUAUCGCUGCACUGUUGGGAGCGGGGUCACUCUGAAGUACAGCGAGGAGGCAGAGAUCAGAGUGCUUUCAGAUCCAGGGGAGGACAGACCUCUGGUUUUCCUCAGACAGCCCUCGACUCUUAUCAAAGUUGUUGGCCAAACAGCACUUCUGACCUGCGUGGUGUCUGGGUAUCCUACACCAACCAUUCAUUGGAGUCACAACCAAGAAGAGAUCAUUCUGGGAAGCUCAGAUAGGUUAGCCUUAUUGGCUGGCGGCUGCUUGCAGAUCAGCAACCUGACCGAGGAAGACGCUGGUGUCUACACAUGUACAGCAGACAAUGGGAAUCAGACCAUCCAGACACAAGCUGAACUUAUUCUACAAGUGCCUCCUGUUUUUUUAGUUAAGCCAUCAAACACACAUGCUCAUGAGUCGAUGGACAUUGUGUUUGCUUGUGAAGUUAGCGGGAAGCCCACCCCUACUAUCAAAUGGGUGAAGAAUGGGGACGUGGUGAUUCCCAGCGACUAUUUCAAGAUUGUGGGCGAUCACAACUUGCAAGUUCUAGGAUUGGUCCGCUCAGACGAGGGGUUCUAUCAGUGUAUCGCUGAGAAUGAGGUGGGAAAUGUGCAGGCGGCCGCACAGCUCAUUAUCCUGGAGCCUGGUAUUACCAUCCCAACCUCUCCCGCCCCCUCACUGACCCGUGCUACUGCCCACCAUGUAGCUGCAACGCCAGGGGGUCCACCGCCAUCAUCCCCGCGGGAUGUUGUGGCCUUGCUGGUGUCAACGCGUUUCAUCAAGCUGACUUGGCGUGUACCAGCCGAUGCCUAUGGAGAGAAUCUCACCUACCAUGUCUACUACAGCAAAGAGGGCGUAAACAGGGAGCGAGUGGAGAAUUCGAGCCGCCCGGGGGAGAUGCAGGUCACCAUCCAAAACCUACUGCCUGAGACGGUCUAUUACUUUAGAGUGGUGGCCCAGAAUCAGUAUGGCUCAGGAGAGAGCUCACCGCCUCUCAAAGUGGAGACACAGCCUGAGGUUCAAGUUCCUGGCCCAGCUCCCAAUCUUAGAGCCACAGCAGUCUCUCCCACGUCAGUGGAUGUGAGCUGGGAAACUCCUCUUUCUGGGAAUGGAGAAAUCCAGAGUUAUAAGCUAUAUUAUAUGGAGAAAGGUGCUGGAAAUGAACAGGAUGUAGAUGUGGGUGGGCAUGGAUAUACCGUGACCGGACUGAAGAAGUAUACAGAAUACACACUGCGAAUUGUGGCAUUUAACAAGCAUGGUCCAGGAGUAUCAACACAGGACAUCAUUGUCAGGACAUUAUCUGAUGUGCCCAGUGCUUCUCCCCAAAACAUGACGCUGGAGGUGCGCAGCUCACAGAGCAUCAUGGUGCAGUGGCAACCACCCCCUCCGGGGGCUCAGAACGGACAGAUAAUGGGAUACAAAGUGCGUUACCGCAAGACCACAAGAAAGAGUGAGACAAGUGAAAUCCUGGUGGAAUCACAGUUAUCACAGCUUGUCUCUGGUCUGGAUCGAGACACGGAGUACAGCUUCCGAGUGGCAGCCAUGACUGUGAAUGGGAGCGGGCCUGCCACUGAAUGGGUAUCGGCGGAGACCUUUGAGAAUGAUCUUGAUGAAUCUCAUGUCCCUGACGUGCCAAGCUCCCUUCAUGUGCGCCCUCUUGUGACAAGCAUUGUGGUGAGCUGGACACCUCCUGAAAAUCAGCACCAAGUGGUGGUCCGCGGUUAUUCCAUUGGCUAUGGUUUGGGUAGCCCUCAUGCCCAAACUGUCCGUGUAGACCACAAGCAGCGUUACUACACCAUAGAAAAUCUUGAGCCCAGCUCACACUAUGUAAUCUCCCUAAAAGCCUUCAACAAUGUCGGGGAGGGCAUACCCUUGUACGAAAGUGCAGUAACUCGACAGCAUACUGACCCCUCCGAAGUUGACGUUUUUGUUGUUCAUGCUCCAUACACACCAGUUCCAGAACCCAGUCCAAUGUUGCCCCCUGUGGGGGUUCAAGCAUCCAUCCUAAGUAGCGAUACGGUGCGUCUUACUUGGGCGGACAAUUCCCUCCCCAAGAAUCAGAAGAUAACAGACGCCAGAUAUUAUACCGCAAGAUGGAAGACCAACAUCCCUGCAAAUACCAAGUACAAGUUUGCGAAUACCACCACACUGAGUUACCUAGUUACCGGCCUAAAGCCAAACACCCUGUAUGAGUUUUCAGUCAUGGUGACCAAAGGUCGACGAUCAAGCACGUGGAGUAUGACUGCUCAUGGCACCACCUUUGAGUCGGUUCCCUCCUCUCCCCCCAAAGAUGUGACUGUCAUAAGUAAGGAAGGAAAACCACGUACAAUUAUUAUUAACUGGCAACCUCCAUCAGAGGCCAAUGGCAAAAUAACUGGUUACAUUAUAUACUACAGUACAGAUGCUAAAGCCGAACUCCAUGACUGGGUAAUAGAGCCAGUGAUAGGGAACCGCCUGACUCACCAAAUUCAAGAACUGACAUUGGACACUCCGUACUACUUCAAGAUCCAGGCACGGAAUUCCAAGGGCAUGGGCCCCAUGUCAGAGGCUGUGCUGUUCCGUACCCCAAAGGAGUCGUCACCCUACAUGCCUAAUAACCAAGCCUCUGGUAAAGGUGUCCGCACUUCAGACUCUGGUUCCAACAGUGGUCAAUCUCUUGGAGGCAAUAACAGUCCCCAUGGGAGUCCCACAACCCUGGAUCAUAACAUGGUGCUUACGAUCAUCGUUUCCCUUGGUGUAAUCACAGUCCUCGUGAUUAUAGUGAUUGCAGCUAUCUGUUCCCGUCGCUCCAACUCUCAUCAGAAAAAGAAGCGAGCAGCUUGUAAAUCAGUGAAUGGUUCCCAUAAGUACAAAGGCAACUCCAAAGACGUAAAACCGCCUGACCUUUGGAUUCAUCAUGAACGGCUAGAAUUGAAACCAGUUGACAAAUCCCCAGAAACAAACCCUAUUUUGACAGAAACACCGCUGCCUCGCUCUCCACAGGACCUAACGCCUGGAGACAGUACUACAGAGGGAAGCAUCCACCAACACAGCAACUCCUACCGUGGUUUAGAAUCUGAAGACUCUGUUUCUUCACUUGCUGGACGCCGUGGAAUAAGACCCAAGAUAAUGAUGCCUUUUGACUCUCAACCCCCACAACCGGUUGUCAGUGCUCAUCCCAUCCAUUCCCUUGAUAACACUCAUCAUUUUCGCUCGGUGCCUGGGUUCAUGCUCCACGUGUUGGGUGGUCCUCCACAGGCUGCAGAGUCUGUCCGUCACACCCCUAGCUGCGACACUGUAGUAGCUGCAUCCUCAUCCUCUCAGACUGGAGGUGAUGAACCGGAUCCUCCAGGGGGAAGCUUUUUGCCUGGGUCCAUGGAUGAGGACUCUGUUGCCAGUGUACCUACGGCACACAUUCGUCCUUCCCAUCCCCUAAAGAGCUUUGCUGUUCCAACGCCAGCCCCUGGGGCAGCAGCUUAUGACUCUGCACUGCCCAGUUCUCCCCUUCUAGCACAACAAGCUCCAACAGCACUCUCAGUAAAGACCGCUUCUCUAGGGACCUUGGGUCGUGUACGUCCCCCUCUUCCUGUCAACGUGCCCAAUGCCCCUGAGCCGCUAGAGACCAGCCGGAUGUUGGAGGGCUCAGAGAGUAGCUACGAGCCAGAUGAAUUAAGCAAAGAAAUGGCUCAUCUUGAAGGGCUAAUGAAGGAUCUGAAUGCCAUAACCACAGCAUGAGAAAGCACAACCCCACCCCAGAGGCCAUCUUGACCCUGUAUGGACAGAAGCAGUAAAUACCCUUCCACACGUGUCUCUGUGCCACACACAUCUUUGCGGAUGAAGUGCACGUUGGGAGGCCAAACUGGACGCUGAAGCAACUGCCAAGGGCUUAGGCCUGGUAUUAUGUACAUUGUUGCUUAUCCUCUGCUUUCUAAGAUUUUUGGGGGGUUUAUAUCAAACAAAAGAAGGAUUUUUUGUGUAAUCCGUGGAGGAACAUUGUGUAUUGCCAUUGUUUUUUUUUUUUUUUUAAUUCCCCCUCUCUCCCCCACCUCGCCCUGUUGAGCCUUCACAUUAUUAACGUGGCUCAGUGUGUAUGUUCCAUCACAUGGGCUGAUUGACUGCUGAAUGGCACCUGAUGAGAACUUUCCUGGUCCAUCGUUGCUUUUUGUGCAGUGCUCUCAGGCUGCGAAACGGCAUCAGUCAGCAGCAAAUUCCCCCUCCAGCCUCUGUGAGACUUAAAACAGUGUUACGCCCCUACAACAACCCAAUUUGCUCUUCCUUUCCACAUCUCCGUCCACUUUUAUUAUUCUGGACUUGCCGAGGGGAUGGUCAUUCAGGCUGCUAAGGCCGGACGGGAAGUCUCGGGCCUCCGGGUUGGAGAUUCUUUGCCGUACGUAAGAAAACACUGAGUGAGCUGAAAACGUACAAGUGCCCCUCACGUCUGCCGUGGAAAAGUCUGUUCUGCAUCUGCAUUCUGUGGCUUUCGUGAAAUGGGACCGGUCUCUUCCCAGCUGGAUGGUCUUCAGCACAUUCACAUGCUAAAGCAUUUCCCAUCUUGUGUGACUUCCUUGUUCUUGUAAAUGGAUUUCAGCACCUCAUCCCUGCACAUCCUCCUGUAUAUUGCCCUCUCCUCCCUCCUAGUUCUCCUCCACACCUUUCUGUACAGAAAAUUCAUUCUAUUUUUUUUAAUGCUUUUUUUCUGUAGUGUUUUAGAAUGUAUCUUUUUAUUGUGACCCACCCAAAACAUUUUAUUUUCUGUUUUGUUUUUAUUUUAUAACAUCAUGAUUAUUAUUUGGUAUUGGAAUUCAAUACACUUUUUUUAUUCAAUCAAA